UCAUCACCUCGGUCCAUCGGGAUGAAUUACAUAAUCGCGACUGCCCGUGACUACAUAUUGGUCAAUCGAUUCCCAAAGUACUUCUCUAGAUUCGUCAAACUCUUUAAGUCCAUUCUCAAAGAUGUUCUCUUAUCGAUGCUGAUACACGAAUGGAAUCGCGUUCAUGUGAUCGAUCACAAUAUGUUGAUCCAUCAACCCGAUGUGCUGUUUAAACAUAACGCGAAUCUUUCGUUAAGGCUAGUUGAAUUGAAGCAUGACCUCUAGAUAUCAAGUGUGUAAGAUGUCGUCCACGUGUACGUAAAAGAAACAUAACGCGAAUCUUUCGUUAAGGCUACUUGAAUUGAAGCAUGACCUCUAGAUAUCAAGUGAGUAAGAUGUCGUCCACGUGUACGUCAAAGGGAUCACUCAACCUUGAAGGAUAUCAAGGAUAGGGCCAGCUGCACUCAAUAGAGACCAAUCGGUUCUUCGAUUUUCUUUUCAUCACAUGUAAAACCGCAGUCUUUGACACGCUCUUUGCUUGUUCUACUCCAUCUCGAUCAAAUCAUUGCUACUAGAUCGGUCUUCAUAUAAACCAGGAUAUCUGAGUGUAGAACUUCAGAUACUCAUCGAUUCGAUUCUUACCAAAUUGAACUAAAUAGAAACGUAUCAUUUGUUCGAAACGGUUCGUUCUAUGUAAGACGAUCACUGAAUAGUUUACGUAGAUUGUUUGAUGGUGUUGGUUGAAGUGAAUGGUUCGAUUAGC